AUGCGCUUCGUCGGGCGCGCGGCGGAAGAGCCUUUUGCUCUUGUACGUAAGCAGCGAACAUGCGCAACGGCUUCUCUUCCUUCGGCACAUGCGCAUAACGAACUUUGGGAAGCAAGGCAGGCACAAGUCUUUGUUUCCUCUUACGCAUGUGCAGUGAGCCCUAAACCAUUAUCGGACGCCUCCCUCGAAGGAUCCGCCGGGAACCCAAGCACCCACUCUCUCUGUUUCCCGAUUGACUGUGAAGCGGAGGGAGCGCGUCGCUGGUCACUCGAGAGCGGCAGCACGGAACGUGCGCGGCAGGAGGGAGCGCGCCUGGCGCAUGCGCACAGCGAAACCCCGCCCUCCACCAGGGACUCAUUGUGCAGCAACCGGAUUGACUCCUUCUCGUCCGCGCGGGCCAGCGGGAUCCGUACUUCCCUGCCCCCCCACCCAAACCUCACAAGCAAGUGCGCUCCCGAUACGAAACAGAAAACUGCGGCCGGCGGAGUGGGGUUUGAGACCGCUCGUGUCGGGGCCCUCAACGCCAACAUCACCACUUCCCCAUCCCCCGCCUCCUCCUCCUCUCUCUCUCUCUGCGCGCGCUCACUUUUCUUCCAGGCUCCUUCCUUCCCCCCCAGCCCCGCUCUUCCCCCUCCGCCUAGGCUGGGAGAUUCGCCUCGCGGCCUUUACGCUCCGAAGCGCUGCCUCUUGAUUGGCUCGAGCGCUCGGGACUUUUAA